GCUGAAAAGUUCGAGCUACAUAUCAGCUUAAUUCUGCACCGGAUUGAGGAGAGUCUCUCUUGUAUAUUUCUCAAACAAUAUACCCCAGCAUGACGAAUAUUUCUGAGAAUUUAGAGGAAUUUGUUUGUGGGUCAGACAAUAGAGAUGAGGGUACACAUGGACUGCGCUGGAUGCGAGAGCAAAAUAAAGAAAACCCUACAAAAAUUGAAAGGAGUUGACAGCAUAGAGAUAGACAUGGCGACACAGAAGGUGACAGUGACGGGAUGGGCUGAUCAGAAGAAGGUUCUCAAGGCCGUCCGUAAGACGGGGCGAAGAGCGGAGCUGUGGAGCUUACCCUACAACCCAGAGCAUCACAACGGCACAGACUAUUUCAAUAUCAGUCAACAUCAUUGUAAUGGACCGUCAACUCACUUCACCCCACAGCCAUCUUCUUACUACAACUACUACAAGCAUGGGUACGACAGCCAUGAUGGGAGCUAUUAUCAUCGUCCCCCGCAAUCCACCAUCUUUGGGGAGCAGACUGGUGCUGCUUUCAGCGAUGACAACCCUAAUGCUUGUUCUAUAAUGUGACCAAUUGACAUUUUUUGAUCUUCAAUUUAUCUUUAUUCCAAGUGUUGAUGCAUGAUUUCACAACUGAAUCGGUGGCCGAGUGCCCGUUAUGCUUUAUAUUAGAUGCAGGCACAUGUGCAUAGGUCACUAAUCUGAUUCCUUGUUAAUAUGUUUUUAUUCAACUGAAAAGGUGGUGAAUAUCAAAAAAUCCUGAUACAAGCAAAA